ACCAAAGCCCAACCAAAACCAACUCAAACAUCCUCGUAUAAGUUUUCCCGCCUGAAAAACCACUUCAUCGUCAUUUUGAAUCUCUCUCUUUUAUCUGACACCUACACUCACUCUUCUGGAAGUUUGAACGACUCCAGUACGAAACAAUUAAUUAAUUUCAAAUUCAUGGAUUCAAACCCUAGAAACGAGAGAAAAUACCCAAUUAACAACGAUUUAUGGAGUGAAAUCAUUGCUGAAGAACAACAAAACCCCAAUCGCAUCAGUAAUCAUCAACAACAACCUCAAACCGUCGUCACUUAUCAGCGUCACAAAAUCAAUGAAGUUGCUGCAAUCAAACCCUCGCAAAAGUCUAGAAGCAGUGAUUCAAGGUCUGGAAGUAAAGAGACUCGAGUGAGCUUCGUGGCGAAUAAUAUUAACUCGAAACGAGUCAGCUGGAAUCGUUCUCUUUCAACCAGAGGGAGGGAAAGUAUUGUGGUUAUAGCAGGAGCGGAUUGCACGGAGCAGCAACAAAGGGCACGUAGGAGGAAAAACAGACCACCUCUUCCCAAAGGAAAAGUUACUCAGCCUCUGAACUUUGAGAAAGAGCGAGCAUACUUCCAAGAAGUCGAUGCAGAUGAGUUGUUGGAAGAAAGUCCUUCACCUAAAAAAUCUGCUUGGGUUAUGGGAAUUCAACCGGAAAAUAUAGGAGUACCUCCACUCUGCACAAGACUGGAGAAGUGGCUACAUGCUAAGAGGCAGCAUGUAAUUCCUUCCAGCACGCUAUCCACCAUAUUAAGAACUCCAGAUGAGGCACUGGAGCCUAUUCCUUAUAAUAAUGACGGAUUUGAAUCGUCUCUGAGGAGGUCAGAAGAUUUUUGUCUGCGCAAUUUAUCCGGUUCAAUCUCAAUGCAAGACAUGCUCACACAUUUAGGGAAGACUCGCAUAGAUCUUGACUGCCUAGAGGACAGGGACUUCGAUGACAUAGAAUCUGAAAUCAAGAAACUUUCUUUAGCAUCACGGCCUAGUUCUUUGGCUAAUGAGGCAUUUUUGGCAAUCCUGAAGGAAUGUGAACAGUCAGGCACUUCAACACUGUUUGACGUCUUCUCCAACAUCUGUGACACAGAAAGUAUUGUUAAGAUUGGCGAAGGAACAUUUGGAGAGGCUUUCAUUGCUGGAAGUUCUGUUUGCAAAAUUGUUCCUAUUGAUGGAGAGCUGCGAGUGAAUGGUGAAAUUCAAAAGAGAUCUAUGGAGUUGCUGGAAGAGGUGAUACUGUCACGGACACUUAAUCGCUUAAGAGGGGGUGAAGUUCUUCUUGACAAUGCUACCACGACAUUCAUAGAGACAAAAGAUAUAAAGGUUUGUGAAGGUCCUUAUGAUCCCGUUCUGCUGAAAGCUUGGGAAACUUGGGAUACAGAACAUGGUUCAGAAAAUGACCAUCCUAAGCAAUUUCCUGAAAACCAGUGUUAUGUCGUUUCAGUCCUUGAGAAUGGUGGUACGGAUCUUGAAAGUUUUGUCCUCUCAGACUUUAAUGAGGCACAGAGUUUGUUAGUUCAGGUAACAGCUGCCCUGGCUGUUGCUGAAGCUGCUUUUGAAUUUGAGCACCGUGAUUUGCACUGGGGAAACAUUCUUUUAAGCAGAAGAGAAACUACUGCUCUGCAGUUUACUCUUGAAGGAAGGACGGCAUCCAUUAAAACUCAUGGACUCCUGGUUUCCAUAAUAGAUUUUACUCUGUCAAGGAUCAAUACAGGCAACACAAUUCUCUAUUUGAACUUAUCCUCGGAUCCCGAGCUUUUCGAAGGUCCCAAAGGAGAUAAGCAAUCAGAAACAUAUCGGAAGAUGAGGGAGGUCACAGAUGAUUGCUGGGAUGGAAGUUACCCAAAAACAAAUGUGUUAUGGUUGCAAUAUCUGGUGGAUAUCUUGUUGCUGAAGAAAUCAUUUAAACGUUCUGGAAAGGAUGAAAGAGAGUUACGGUCCUUGAAGAAGCGAAUGAGCAGUUAUGAUUCUUCAAAGGAAACGCUAUCAGAUCCUUUCUUCAGUAACAUGCUCGUUGAUUAUGCUGUUGCUUGAGGAAGCUUGAAGCAAAACCCUGAUGACAGAUGCAGUACCAAUGCUUGAGGCUUUUUUGCCAUGACAGCUUUUUAAGUAGUAUCAAGUCAUUAGUUCUUUUUUGUAUCAACUCAUUAAGUAGUUUUUUUUUGGGUACACAGAGGUUUAGGGUAUGACACUUCUCACCUCUUAGUGAGAACCCUGUAAUGGCUGUAAAUGUUUCACCUGCUGUCAAGUUUGUACAUGCAUGUAUGUAUAUUUAUGUUUACAUAGUCGCCCACUAGGAUAGUUUGUAAGUUAUCUGACUGAAUUUAUCUGAACUUAUCUGAACUUAUCUGAACUGAAUUUCACCUUUUUGUAUGAACAAAGGGAAAAUGUUUUGAUUUGCCACUCAGAAAA